ACGGUAAUACCGGGAAUGACGCUGCGUCUCAGCUGAACAAUGGAGCAUCGAUAGAAAUGAGCUCCUCUCAUCCAACAGGAGCAUCUGGUCGGUGUCAACAGCAGACAUAGCGGCGUUAGAGAGCUGCGGUGCUGCUGGUCUAACCGGAGGAAUAAACCGGUCAGUGUUUAGCCAGUUAGCGAAGCUGCAGCCAUCGCUCCGGUGUUUCUAGCUAACCUCCUUCAGGGUGAGGAGAGCUGAGCUACCAGCGGUCUGCACCAUGGAGUUCCCCUUUGACAUUAACCACAUCUUCUCAGACAGGAUCUCCAUCCUGGAUCACACUCUGGUUGCAAGUCGCCAAUCAGCAGUGAGGACUGAUCUUCAGGACCAAAUUGCAGCUGUUGUUGAUGAGCUUGGGAGAGCCUCAGCAAAGGCGCAGCAGCUCCCAGCACCUAUAACCAGUGCCUCCAAACUGCAGUCCCAGAAGCACCAGCUGUACCUGAUGAAGGACGGAGAGAGCAACCGAGGGCGUGGUCUGGUUGUUGGAUUUCUGAAGGUCGGCUACAAGAAGCUGUUUCUGCUGGAUCGAAAUGGUGUGCACGUUGAAGCAGAGCCGCUGUGUGUUUUGGAUUUCUACGUUGCAGAAACGCUACAGAGACAUGGCUAUGGGCUGGAGCUGUUCAAUUACAUGCUGCAGCAUCAGAAUGUGGAGCCGGAGCUGCUGGCCUACGACAGACCCUCCAACAAACUGCUGGCGUUCUUGGCUAAGCAUUACGGCCUGGUGCGGAGCGUCCCUCAGGUCAAUAAUUUUGUUGCGUUCGAGGGCUUCUUCCACAGAAGAUCAGUGGCCCAGUUGAGGCGCGUUAAGAAGCCUGAUGGAGAAAUCAAGCCUUAUUCUUUAAUGGAAAGAGAAGUGGUUCGCCAAGAGCAGAGGACUCUUCCUUGGCCGUUCGCUGCUCCUCAGUCCCCUCAGCGAUCAGCAUCUUCCCAGUGCUCCUCCAGUGUGGGAUCGUCUCCCAGCAGGGCGCCUCCUGGUGUCACACAUUCAUCUUUCCGUGGAGACAACAGGGAGCAGAGUCCACAUUCACCUCUCAUCGACUCCUGCAGGACAAGGCAUAGCAACCCAAAGGCUCUGGUUGCCAGAUCAAGCCUGUACAGUCGCCACAUGGACCUCAGAGCUGCAGGACUGUUGGACAGAAACCUUUCAGGUCCUGGUCUGAUGGGAGACCCGCUGUGUUCUCUGGGCAGCCAAUCGGAGCGCAGGUCGCAGCCGGCUCCUCGUCUGCCUCAAAGUGAUGACAUUUGCAUCCUGACAUCCACAGAAGGGCAUCUGGAGUCCCAGGAACCUGCAGAGAAGUCCUGCAUGUUGGUCAGUAAACAAAACGUGUGCAGAGGAGACCAGAAACCUCUGAAAGAGACAGAAAACGGCAGAAAAGCGCCGGAUUGGUCCUGGACUGUGGGAGGGAGCUGCUCCGCUGCACGCUGGGUGAAGCAGAAGCAGGAAUACAGGAGCACCCGUCCCUGGUGACCAGGAGCCCCUUCAUCUAACUCUGUCCAUCAUGAUCAUCCCAGCAGCUGGGUCUGGUCAGCCACAG